ACAAAGGAUAGAAUGAAAAAGGCCUGGCAGCUUGGCGGGGUCGAUGAUUUUGGGUGCAUUACGCGAAGCCGGCGACUGAGAGAACCUCGUUGCCGGCUGUGACAGCGGUGCCGGAGGUGAGAGAAAAUCCGUGGCUGGGGCAUUAGGGCAAGAACGACAAGAGAAAGUCAGGAAGUCAGGUGGAAGGGAGUUUGGUGCAGCAACGUCGCCGUCGGGUGAAACUUGACGGAGAGAAGGGAAUCGGCGACGGAAGUGACAGUGGCAAUAGAAAACUGGUGGGUUUGAGUGCGUUGCCGAAAUUUUUUCGUUCAAGGAUCAGAAAGAGCUGAUAAAAAAUGGUAGUGACGUCUCCACAAUAUGAUAGAUUCUCAAUGGAUUUUGUGAUGGGAGGUGUAGCGGCUAUUAUAUCUAAGAGUGCAGCAGCACCAAUAGAGAGAGUUAAGCUUUUAUUGCAAAAUCAAGGGGAAAUGAUAAAGAGAGGACAACUCAAGAGACCAUAUUUGGGUGUAUCUGAUUGCUUUAAGAGGCUCUUGAGGGAGGAGGGUCUGUUUGCUUUUUGGAGAGGAAACCAAGCCAAUGUUAUACGGUAUUUCCCUACACAAGCUUUCAAUUUUGCAUUCAAAGGUUACUUCAAAAGCAUUUUUGGGCAUUCCAAAGAGAGAGACGGGUAUAUUAAGUGGUUUGCUGGAAAUGUGGCUUCAGGCAGUGCUGCAGGAGCUACUACUUCGCUACUACUGUAUCAUUUAGAUUAUGCUCGUACCCGAUUAGGUACAGAUGCAGUAGAAUGCCAUCCCAGUGGUCAGCGCCAGUUUAAGGGGCUAGUCGAUGUAUAUUGUAAAACCUUAUCAAGCGAUGGAAUUGUUGGGUUGUACAGGGGAUUUGGAGUUUCAAUAAUGGGAAUCACCAUGUAUCGAGGCAUGUACUUUGGGAUCUAUGACACCAUGAAACCUCUUUUCUUAGUCGGGCCUUAUGAGGGUAAUUUUUUUGCUAGUUUCUUGUUGGGUUGGAGCAUUACAUCGUCUGCUGGGGUUUGUGCUUACCCUUUCGACACACUAAGACGGAGAAUGAUGAUGACAUCUGGGCAGCCAAAUAAGUAUCGUAAUACAUUGCACGCUUUUCAUGAGAUUGUGCGACAUGAGGGUUUCUUUGCUCUAUUUCGGGGAGUCACAGCAAAUAUGCUUCUUGGUGUGGCAGGAGCGGGGGUGCUCGCGGGAUAUGAUCAGCUGUACCGAAUCUCAUCAAGACACGGUCUCUAAUAUGAGCCCAAACGGGGAGUUUUGAAAUGAAAGUCUGAAUUAUUGAGAUUUUUAUGGUGGCCAAUCCAUUCAAAUUGGUUCACUCUGCUUCCAUGGGCUGCAAAAGCUAUCCAUCAAAAUGCCAUUUCCUGUGUCUGAUAUACAAUUUAACUACAGAUUUUAUGGUUAUGUAUCUACCCAUUGAAUAGAAAAUUGGAGACGACAUGGGACGCUGGAUUAGACAUUUUUCCUAUUCAUUUCUGAUCUGAUGCAUUGUCAUAUGUUUUUACUCUCCGUCGCCCCUCCCCCUUCUCUCCAUAAAUAAUAAAUUUGUAGAAACAUACUGUUCAUUUGUUGUAUCCAAAUUUCUUAAUGCAAGUUGUGAUUAUUAAAGCA